CUAGAUGCAGAGGUAUAGCUUUCCUACCUGAAUGCUGCAUCCAGAAUAUAGUUCGCGCGCUCGUAACGCAGCUUUGAUUGCAUGCGAGGGCCGAUCGGCAUCCCUAUCCAUUUCUGCACACUAGAAUACUGUUGAAGACGCAGCCAUGGCCUUCCCCUUGCACGACGCGGCGAAGACGGGAAAUGUCAAGGCGGUGAACGAGCUGCUUGCGCAGCAGGUGGACGUGAACCAAAAAGACCGGCUGAAUAGGACGCCGCUGCACAUGGCGGCAUGGGCGGGACAGACGGACGUGCUGAAGCUGCUGCUGGCUCACGGCUGUACCGUGGGCGCGGCGGCGGGGGACGAUAUGAACGCCCUGCACUUCGCGGCGCAGAAGGGGCACUCCGAGUGCGUGCGUCACCUGCUCAACGCCGGCCAGUACAUGGACGCACGCACACGCAAGGGCUUCACGCCGCUACAUUUCGCGGCGCAAGGAGGUCACAAGGCGGUUGUGGAGCUGCUGCUGAGGCGGCACGCCAACCCCAGCGCCGCCACCAAGCGCAAUGAGACGCCCAUGCAGCUGGCAAAGGACCCCGAGGUGUUGGCGCUGCUGGAGGCGGCGGUGGCGGCACAGGCGGCGCAGCGGGCCGCGCGCGAGGCGGCGGUGGCGGCUGACGUGGCGGAGAUGGCGGAGGGCGGGCAGCUCAAGCCCAAGAAGCAGCGCAACCUGCGGGGGCAGCAGGGCAAGCGGGGCGGAGCAGCGGGUGAGGCGGGUGGCGAUGGAGCCGACGGAGGUGGAGAUGGCGCCGGGGCGGGGCCUAGCAGCGGCGGGGCAGCAGCAGGGACAAUGGCGGGAGCCAAGCGGCCUGCGGCGGUGGCGCUGGGCGUGGAUGGAGAGGACGACGAGGAGGAGGAGGAGGGCAUGGCGCUGCGGCCGCCGGCACAGCGGCGGGCGGCGCAGGAGCGCGAGCAGAAGCAGCAGCAGCCCAAGGAGCAGGCGCGCCAGCAGGACGUUGACAUGGCGAAGGCGGAGGCAGCUGCGGCGGCGGAGGACGCGGGCAAGACGGAAGACGAGGCCGCGGCGGCUGCGGUGCGGGCGGGAGUGCAGGCGGCAGAGGCGGCAUCGGAGGCUGCGGCGGCGGCGCCGGGUCCGUCAUCGGGCGCGGGUCCGUCGUCUGCGGGGCCGUCCAGACCGCCGCCACAACCGCUGCAGCCGCAGCAGCCGCAGCAGACCCACCCGCAGCGCAAGGUGGUGCCCGUGCCAGCCGCGUUCCUGGAAGAGGACGAGGAGGACGAGGAGGAAGCCGCGGCGGCGGCGGCCGCCGCCGCAGCUGCAGCCGCGGCGGGUGCGGGUGCGGGGCGGGCGCCGGCGCUUCGGUUCAACGUGCGUGCUGAGGACGACGGCGAGGAGGACGAGGAGGAUGAUGAGGAGUCGGGAUCGGACCAGGAUGAGGACCAGCAGGAGGCGCGGCGGCGCGCGCGGCAGGCGGCGCGGCAGGGCCUGGCGGGUGCUGCGGACCUGGCGGCGGCGGCGGCGGCAGCUGCGGCGGCCGCGGCUGGCUUUGGUGGCGACGACUCCGAGGAUGAGGACGACGAGAGCGACGAGGACGAGGACGGCGAGGACGAGGGCGAGGAAGACAACUACGCACUGGCCGCGGGGCCCGCCGCGCCGCCCGGCAGGGCCCCGGGGGCGGGGGCGGGAGCCGGCGGCGAUGGAGAAGGCGACGGCGAGGGGGAGGGGGAGGAGCAGGAGGACGACGAGGACGGGGGCUACGAGAUGGCGGCGGGGCCGGCGCUGCCGCCCGGAGUGGGUGGCUUGUGAGGGGAAACGGGGGCUUUUGUGGGCGUGACUCCUUAGCACGGAGACUGGUGGCGGUUGGCAUGCAUUGCAUAGAUGGGGAAAUUGGGUUUGCCGUGGCCGCGAGUCGUUUGGUCAUCGCAGGGGGUGCAGGUUGAAGGCGUGCAGCUGGCUCCCUGGGCCUCGAGUGCCAUGAAGGUAGCAGACGACAUGAACUGAUGAAGAAUGCGGGCACAAACACCGAGCCACGCGUUGUUGAUAUUUUCAUCGCUUUGCAAGGCGCUCAUGCAACAGCGCUUCAUCCUUUGCUGUAAGAAUCCUGGCUU